AAGGGGCUGCCGGUUGUUUCUCGCGGUGCGUCGACUUCUCGCGAUAUUAGCCGCAGCGCUUUUUCUGAAAUGGCGGCUCCCGAAGCGGCGGGGGCUCUAGCCGAGCGUUGGCUCCGUACACGGGAUGCCCACGUGCAGGACGGCCCCGAGGAUUUUGGGUCGCUGUUGUUGUCGGCCCCCGUGUUGGAAGGGCUCAAAGCUGCUGGGUUCCUUCGGCCUUCUCCGGUGCAGCUCAAAGCCAUCCCGUUGGGUCGGUGUGGUCUAGAUCUCAUUGUGCAAGCGAAAUCUGGCACUGGUAAAACCUGUGUGUUCGCUACUAUUGCACUCGACUCUCUUAUCCUAGAAAGUCCAGUUACACAGAUUUUGAUCUUGGCUCCUACCCGAGAGAUUGCUGUACAAAUACAUGCAGUUAUUACAACUAUAGGGAUCAAAAUGGAAGGUUUGGAAUGCCAUGUCUUCAUCGGAGGGACUCCUUUAAACCAAGAUAAACUAAGACUGAAAAAAUGUCAUAUAGCAGUUGGCUCCCCUGGUCGCAUAAAGCAGCUCAUAGAGCUGGACUAUCUGAAUACAGCUAGCGUCCGUCUCUUCAUUCUUGAUGAAGCAGAUAAGCUUUUGGAGGAAGGAAGUUUCCAGGAGCAGGUCAACUGGAUUUAUUCUUCUCUGCCAGCUAACAAGCAGAUGUUGGCUGUGUCAGCCACUUAUCCUGAAUCCUUGGCUAAUACUUUGACUAGAUACAUGAGAGAUCCUACGUUUGUGAGAUUGAAUGCCACUGACCCAAGCCUCAUAGGGUUGAAGCAGUACUACAAAGUUGUGAAUUCCCACCCAUUACCUCAUAAGACCUUUGAGGAGAAGGUUGAACAUUUACAGGAGCUAUUCAGCAAGAUUCCUUUCAACCAGGCCCUGGUCUUCUCAAAUCUACAUAGCCGAGCUCAACACUUGGCUGACUUACUGACAUGGAAAGGCUUUCCUGCUGAGUGCAUUUCAGGCAGCAUGAAUCAGAAUCAGCGACUUGAUGCUAUGGCUAAACUUAAGCAAUUCCACUGCAGAGUUUUGAUUUCAACUGAUUUAACGUCCCGUGGAAUUGAUGCUGAGAAGGUGAAUCUAGUCGUUAACUUAGAUGUGCCUUUGGACUGGGAAACAUACAUGCAUCGGAUUGGUAGAGCAGGACGCUUUGGAACAUUAGGACUGGCUGUGACAUAUUGCUGCCAUGGAGAGGAAGAAAACAAAAUGAUGACAAUUGCACAGAAAUGUAACCUUCGGCUUCUUCCUUUACCAGAACCUGUAACUCCAGAACUGAUGGAACAGUUUGAAGGGUGGGAUGUAGAAGUCACAGCUGUCCCGUAUCCCAACGCUUUGCUGUCUACAUCUCUGUUGCCUCCUAAAAAAAUUGAGGGGGAAAUACAACACACAACAAUAAGCACCAGUGCAGAGAUUCCCCCUGCUGUUGCUUGUGAAAGUCUUGCAACCAAGCCAAAACAAGCUUUGAAACAAAACCGGCUGCGUAAAAGCAGAAUGGAACAUACCAGGGCAAAAUUAACCAGGAAUUCACAGUCACCUUCUAGUAUCUUGAAGCAGAAACACCAGAGGGAACCUGAUGUCAAUGUGGGGCAGCAGAACAAGGAGGCUGAUAGAGAAACCUUACAAAAUAUGCUUCCAAAGAUCCCCUGCUUGUCAUCUUUUAAGAACCAGCAGUCCACCGGUGCAUGGAGCAUGACUGAAUAUAUUAAGGAUUAUGAAUAUUUCAUUAAGGAAGGGUUAGAGAGAGAGGUGGAGAUAGUCAGAAGCUACACAGCACCUGGAGAGCACUAUAAACAUACAGAUGGUGAUACCUUCAAUUCUACAGGAAUGGAAUCUAGCUCAUGUAUUGCCACAGCAGCUGGAGUAUUGACUGGAGAGUCUGAUAGCGAUACUAGCUCUUGCAGUUCUAGAUCAUCUAUCUAUAGCCAGGAGGAUCAGUUGUCUCUUAAAGCAUCUUCAGAUGCACAAGAAAGAGAUGAUGUCAUGCUGCCAUCAGAUCAAACUGUUCGGAUACAUGCUCAGCAGUUCAGUAGUAUCCCUAAACCAGAGCAGUUACAAGAGCCUUCUCUUCAGAAGGAGUUGAAACAGAAUGUGAAGCGGAGCAAACCAAGUAGUCAUACCCAAUAUGUUCCCAUUACUAAGCCUUCCAAGGGAGAUACUAUAGAAGAUGCUCCCCAGGAGAAAUGUCUUCCUUUCUCUCGUGAGAAUCAGAGUUCUGAGGAAUAUUGGAGAACAUAUUACAGAGCAUGGCGGGACUAUUAUACAGAAGCUUCUCGUUCCUACUACAGAAUGUACCAGAGACCAAUGAAUAUGCUGACUGCUUACCAUGCAAAUGCUGUCUAUUUUGAGGAGUUGAGAGGGAAUUGGUAAUGUGAAAGUGGUGAGAUUUUUGCCUCUUCCUGAACAUACUGUUAUUGAUUCAUGUCCUUCAUAUUGCUUUGUAUUUCAUUUGUGGACUGUUUUGUAUGCUCGAUAGCAUGGAAUACUUCAAUGCUACUGCAGAUAAAUAGCUGAAAAAUAAUGUUCCCAUUUCCUUUAUGUAGUUUUAGAACAAAUGUUUUCUUAGCAUUAUGGUCAACUAUUAUUCUGGAAGGUCUAACACAGUUGUGGCCCCAAAAGUGAAGUAGAUUACCCACUAAAACAUAUGGCCAUUUCUUGUAUUUUCUGUGCUAUAUCAUACAAGUUCAGUGUGCACUUUCAGAAGCCUUGGGAACUGAUGGUCCAUAUUGAAGAUGCUCUACUCUCCAACAAAAUUUCCCAAUGAAGAACCCUAGUUUUUACCUUGGUGGCCACAGUCAAAAAUGCUAACUUCUCUUUUAAAAUACAUGGUCCACCUUGCUGUGGAAUCACAAAUCUUUGAAUGUAAGAAAUGUGUUCCCAAGUAUAAACUCUGUUCUUGAUAAUGCAUUAUCAAAUCGUUAUAUUACAUCAUAGAUGGUGCUAAUUUUUUUGAUUGUAUACAAUUUAGCAUGUAGAGGCUGUAUUACAUGUUUAUUAUUUUUAUCUUUCUUAAAAGAACUGUGCCUGGGGAGAGGUUUAGACACCCAACCACACUGAUUAUCAUAUUUAGCUGUAAUAACAUUGAAAAUGUUCUGUGUGAAAAAAAGUGUGGACAGCCCCUGAUGAAUUCUUCUCUAUGCAAAGAAAGUGUUGUACUGGAAGUAAGUAGCUUCUGUGGCUCCCACUUAUUUAUCAGUUGCUAUUUUCUGUGCAGUGGCUCCUACCAAGCUACAGCUGUUGUGGUUUCUUCUGUUUAGAAGUAGCAUAAAUAAAUAGGCAUAUCUCAAUUAAUGCACAUUGCUGAUUUAAAUAAAAUUUAAUUAAAACUGUG